UCCUCGCCCUCCGCCUCUUUCCCUCCCCGCUGAUCCGAAGGCAGGAGGAGGAGGAGGAGGAGGAGGAAGAGGGCGCGAUCCGGCGCACCCACCGGGACGAUGCCCAGCUCCUUGUUUGCGGACAUCGAGCGCCAUGGGGGCGUCGGCGGCGUCAGCGGGGAGACCCUGGACGACCAGCGGGCGCUGCAGAUCGCGCUGGACCAGCUCUCGCUGCUGGGCUUGGACCACGACGAGGCGGGCGCCCUGUACGACCCGGAGCCGCGCAAGAAGAGCGUCAACAUGACCGAAUGGGUGCCCAGCCCCCCCAACCUGCCGGGCCAGACCACCAUCCAGGUGCGGGUCCCUUACCGGGUGGUGGGCCUGGUGGUGGGGCCCAAGGGGGCCACCAUCAAGCGGAUCCAGCAGCAGACCCACACCUACAUCGUCACCCCGAGCCGCGACAAGGAGCCCGUCUUCGAGGUGACCGGCAUGCCCGAGAACGUCGACCGGGCCCGGGAGGAGAUCGAGGCCCACAUCGCCCUCCGCACCGGCGGCCUGGUCGAGCUCACCGACGACAACGACUUCCACCGACGGGUGCGGAGCGACCCCGGGGGGCGCCUGAUCGCCGCCGCCGUGGCGGCCGCCGCCGUGGCCGUGGCCUCCUCCUCCUCGCCUUCCUCCUCCUCCUCCUCUUCCUCUUCCUGCUCAUACCCCCUCUAUGCCAACGGGCUGGGGUGCCACUUGCCCAGCUUGCCCUCGGAUUCCUCGGGCUCCUCGUCCUCCUCCUCCAGCUCCUCGUCCAGCUCCUCGUCCAGCUCCUGCUCCUCGUCCUCCGGCUUGAGGAGGAAAGGCAGCCGGGACUGCUCCAUCUGCUUCGAGAGCGAAGUGAUCGCGGCCCUGGUGCCCUGCGGCCACAACCUCUUCUGCAUGGAGUGUGCCAACCGCAUCUGCGAGAGGAGCGACCCCCAGUGCCCCGUCUGCCACAGUGCCGUCACCCAGGCCAUCCGGAUCUUCUCCUAAGCCUGGGCACCCAACCCCCUCGCCCCGUGUGGCACGCCCACCCCUUCACACGCACAAGCCGGACUCUCCUGCUCGCCUUUCACACAAGACACACAACACACACAGAGAGAGAGACAGACACGCGAUUGAUCCGCCUUUCUCUCCAGGCAGAGAGGGAGGCCUGGUCCCUCCUCUUGUCGGCUGCCAAGCUUUACCAAGGGCAGCAUCUGCACCUCUCGAAACCAACCAUCACCUCAGAAACAAUACAGAAGGAGUAACAAUAAAUUUUGGGGAGGGGGGACCUAACCCCUUUUUUUUCCAGGUUGUCUCCAGCCCCCCCCCCAAUUAAAUUCGAUUUUUUAAAAAAGAUUCACAUUGAGUGUACUGUAGUCUAGGAUGGCUCAAGGGGGGGAUGUUUGGAACAUCUUAAUGCAUGCUAUAAAUAUUAAGGAAAGACAUUCUAGUAAUAGGCUAGGUUUUUGCCGUUUAUCUUAAAGCCAAUCAGGAAAACACUUCCUUUCUUUUCUCUCUUUCUCUCUCUCUCUUCCCUUCUUAACUUUCUCUUUUCUAAAUUAAAGUAGGAAGUACAUAUGGAAUUAUGAUGGUGUGUGGACCGUUAAUAUAAUAGUGCUGGUAGUUGCUAGGUUGCUUACUGAGAAAUAGUUAUGGAUGGGUUACUUUUCUUGAAUGUUCUUGAAAGGGCAAAAAAAAAGUUAAUAAUAAUAAUAAUAAUAAUAAACUUAAGGAUACUGCAGCUUUAUCAAAGAAAAAAAAAGAUGAAAAAAAGGAAACUGUAACAUAUCUCUUAUAUAUAUGAAAACGUUUAAAGGUUUUAAAGAUAAAUUGCAUUAAUACAGAUUGAAGUAUUUUAUUCUUUUUUGACUUGAAAAAUUAUAUUUCAUAUUGCGAAGAUGUUUACAAGUAUUUUAAUUUAAGUUCAGUGAACUUUUUUGUAGCUGGGUUAAAUCUUUUUUAUUUUUUAGUAUGGCCUUAUGGCAAAGAACACUGUAUUAUUUUACUAUCACACAAUGGUGAAUGGAAUAGCAAAAAAAAACCAUAAAUGUCUAAUGCUUUGAACAGUAUUCUCUGUUGGGAUGAAGAUUUUUUAUAGGUUCAGAAAAAAAAAUCUUUUAAAACUGCUUCACCCAGCAUAUUUUCUAUUCAGUGAUAUGAAACGUAUUUUAUUCUAUAUUAUUACAAAAAAAAAAAUUGAAAGCGUUUACGCAUACAUCAAAAGGAACUGUUGAUGCUUUCUGACAUUUCUAUAAAUAGAAUUCAGUGGAAAUUCCAAAAAAAUAAAUUCUGUUGCACCACUAUAGUUUGGUAUUUCUAUUUUAAUACAUUUGUUUAUCACUUGUUUAUGUAUAUGUAGGUGAUAUUACUUGAUCUUAAAUGUACUUUACUGAGCAAAGUUUAAAAACAAAGUAUAUUUUAUUUUAUGAUAAAGGGCCUUUAACCUCAUGGUUAAAUACUAAUAUUAUAUUUGCUGAGACAAGAUUUGGAAUUGUAUCAAGAGUUUUAUUUUUCUGACAUUUAAAGUUCUACAUAAUAAAGGUAAAACUUAAGUAA